GAAGUAAAUAACCGGCACAACCCGACUUCGUAUUUCGUAAUAUUUUAAUGAAAACAAAAUUAAGAAUCACUCUUUGCAAACUUCAAACAAGUCAGAUACAAUUACUCAAAAUUUUAAAUUCGGGGUUAUGAGAUUUGCUAAAUUAUUUGUGUUAUCAUUCCGCCUGAAAUUAUCUAACAAUUAUCAAUUCUAAAAUUAUGCAGAAAAUAAUAUGAAGACAGAGACAGAAUGGCUCUCAUAAAACCAACCCCCGUUUUUGGAGAAAAACAGCUCCCAGCGCCAGAAUUCAAAGAACAGUAUCUUUUCCUCCUCGAAUUUUACAUCCACGAACUAAGAGGAGAUCGACUAGCAAAACUAAAUCAAAUGUUCUUUGUGCCCACAUGUGUGGGUUUUCAGUUCCUGAACUUCAAAGACGAUGAUCUGGAAGUGACCCCAGUAGAUCCCAUGUUCGAACCCCAAGCAGGAAUUUCCGACGAUGUAGAAUAUUUUUACUCAGGCCGUUCAAUAAUGUUUUCAGUGGCUCAAUACUCCGUCACUCAAAAGAUAUCAGAAUUUAAAAUCAAGCUGACUGUAAGGAAAAAAAUGCCAGAAGACAUCAAUCCUGACAUCCUCGUGGGAGAAGCAGAAGUUGAUAUGACGAAACAAUUUGCAGCUCUCAGGAAAGAGAUGCUACAAUGUUGGUAUCUCGGAGUUCCACCUCCGCAGGUUUUUGAAAACGAUGUCCCUUUAUUUUUUAAAGAAGAUUUGAUUGGCUCAAUCAAAGUCUUUAUCCGUCUUUCUUCUUAUGGCCAAAGCAUCACGACAGAAUUUGAAGCACCAGGAGGGAAUAAGUCUUACAUAUUCAAGGGAAAUAAGAUCAAUGACAAAGGAUUAAGCUACAAGUGUCGAGUGAUAGAUUCAAAGGAAUUUGAUCUUUGUAAAGAAUCUGAAGAUGAUUUUUCUAAGAAAGCUCCUUGUGAGGUUUGUCAACCAAAGAGACAUCCUUGUUUGCCUUGUGGUUUGAGUAUAGGAGCUGUUGUUAAACAAGGUUUAGAAAUUGAAUCUAAUUUGGAGAAGUGUUUAAAACAAGCAGAUUUUCUAUUUGGAUCAAAAGUACAAGAGAGAGAAGGCGGAAAAAGACAAAUUUCUUGUAAACCUGUUUCUGAAAAUUUGAGUCCAUCUGGAAAAAGAACUGGACCGAUCCAAUCAAGUCGAGGACCGGCUCAACCUUGUGGAAAGGCUGUGGUUUUAAAAGUUUCUGGUCUUUUGGAUGAUGGUGAAAACAAGCAGCCUACGGUUACAGUGGCUAACGAAUUUGAUGCUCAAAAUUGCGAUCCCGAUCCUGACCAUGAUGUUUUCAUUCUAAGAAUUGGGAAGAAGGGACUUGUAGGUCCAGAUGAGAAAUCUGACCUUCAACUUGAAAUGAGGACUCCUAAGGGACCGGAAAGAAGAGCGCCUAUUAGGCAUGAAACUAGGGAGGCUCAGACGGAAGAAGAGGCUAAGGUGGCUAAGAAAGCCAAAAGUGGGAAGAGCAAGAAAAAAUAAUCAUUCUUCCUCAUCUAACCAUAUUUAAAAAUAUGACUUAAAGUCUCCAAAAAGUUUUACUGAGAUUUCCAA